GCUGUAGCUAGCUGCCUGGGUCUGUGUGCACCGAGGCCAGGCGCUUCUCCGCUGCCUGGCCGCAGAGCGGGGCAAGACACACCGGAGCCAGCCGAGUCCAGGUUCCUGAUCCCGAGGAGGUGGAUGGGGGGUGUUUCCCAAGCCGCGAGGAGCCAAGCCGGGGAGAGGCAGGCGCUGUAACUUCGCCAUGGGCUGCUGGAGGCACCGGGGGGGCAGGCAGCUGCUGCAUGGAGUUUAAAGGGAGCCCGGCCUGGGGAGAUGGAGCACUGACGGCCCCGGGGCGCACCUGUCCCACUGCCGGAGAUUGAUACAAAGUCUCACUCCUCUGUCCCUCCCCCCGUCCCAUGCCCCCCCAAGAACAGGGGAGCCGCUGGGACCCCGCGAAAGCCACCGGGUGCCUCGGGGGGCUGCAUGUUUUCUACCCACUUUGUGUGUGACCGGAGAUUGCUCGUCUUGGGCGGAGAAAAAUAAACCACCAACGCGCCCCCGGCCAGCAGCGACCUGGAGGGGGGCAGAGAGAGCCAGGGGAGAAAACCUGUAGCGGCGGAGGCGCCUGCUUGAAAGGGAGAAGAUGCCAUUCCACCAUGUAACGGCUGGCUUGUUAUACAAGGGGAACUACCUGAAUCGAUCGCUCUCUGCUGGCAGUGACAGUGAACAGCUAGCCAAUAUCUCUGUGGAGGAAUUGGAUGAAAUCCGUGAAGCCUUUCGGGUGCUGGACAGGGAUGGGAAUGGCUUUAUCUCCAAGCAGGAGCUGGGCAUGGCUAUGCGUUCUUUGGGAUACAUGCCUAGUGAGGUGGAAUUGGCAAUUAUCAUGCAGCGCCUUGAUAUGGAUGGGGAUGGCCAGGUUGAUUUUGAUGAAUUUAUGACCAUUCUUGGACCUAAGCUGGUAUCUUCAGAAGGGAGAGAUGGUUUUCUUGGAAAUACAAUAGACAGCAUAUUCUGGCAGUUUGACAUGCAAAGGAUAACGCUGGAAGAGCUCAAACAUAUUCUGUAUCAUGCAUUCCAGGACCAUUUAACAAUGAAGGACAUUGAAAACAUCAUCAUCAACGAAGAGGAGAGUUUAAAUGAAAACUCUGGCAACUGCCAACCAGAGUUUGAAGUUCACUCCCAGAAACAGAACAGACAGACCUGUGUACGGAAGAGCCUUAUAUGUGCAUUUGCCAUGGCCUUUAUUAUAAGUGUCAUGUUGAUUGCAGCCAACCAGAUCCUCCGGAGCGGCAUGGAAUAGCCUUUCACCAUAACACUGUGAACCAAACUAACCAUGCAUGCGCAUGCCAAUGGGUGAACUUUUUCCUCAAUCAACUUUGAAAAGGGAAAGAAAGGCGGGCAGAUAAAGAACCAGUCGACAAGGAACCCGAGACCAGCAGUGUAAUAUGGCUUGUGAAUCAACUACAUCCUCUUGGCAGGGACAUAAAAGGGCUGUCUUAAUGCUUUAAUGGUUUUGUUUCCUAAUGCAAUAAACAUACAGGAGUCCUGAAUUAUUGCUUCAAAACAGCGGUGGUAACUUGGAGGACUCACUUUCGUCCAGAGUUAUAUUUUGUGAUUCUGAAGAAGCGCAGCCUCACGCGCUAUUUUUGUGGGCUGUCUUUUAACCUAGGGGCCAACAGACUAUUUCGAGCAGCUUUCCAGGGGUUCUACAUUCCUAGGAAGUCGAUCAUAGUGUAGCCACAAGCAAAUACAGUUUGUUUUACUUCACAUACUUUGCUGCGUUUUCCCUUAUGACUGUGCCCUCAAGCUUACGGCAUUGGAGGGGAGCUAGAAAGUCUUGUAUAGUAUUUUCAAAUUUUAAAAAGGAAAAUUUGCUAGUAUUGUGCAAUUUCUAUUUUUUUGUUUUUAAACCCACCUUUGACACAAGAUUGUGGGGGAAGCACUGUGUGUGAUUUUUUUCUGUUUCAAUCAGGGCUUUUAAAAAAAAAAAAAAAAAACUUGCUUUAGCACAUGGGCAUUUUAAAAAAAUCUGUGCACAGUCUUCCUACUGAGUCUGCAACCAGCGCUAUCAAUUAAAGAUCAUCAUAUUUGGCUCCAUCUGUGCAUCAAAUGUCACUUGUUUUCAAUCAAACUCGCUUUUGCCCUUGCUCUAAAUUGGUCUUGCACAAGCUUCUCAGACACCAAAAUCACAGGAGAACUCUUCCGAGAAAAACAAUAUUUUUUGAGUCCUGGCUCUAAUCACAUGCCUUGUUAUGGAAAUGAGGUAUCAGAAGUCUCUGUGCUAGGCACCUCCUGUAAAAAAAAAA